AGCCACCUACACCCCACCGUCUCUACAUCUCAUCAAGCCUCUCAACAUUACUUACAUAUAUAUUACUAGUAGUGUCUCAUCUUCUUGCUCUUCUCUCAUCUAUUUCUCUUUCUCUGGCUCUUUCACACUCUCUAGAACUGUUAGUUUGGGAUUAAACUCAACUAACCUUUUCUGUAAAAAAAUACAACAUAAAUAUCUUCCUGUCUUUGGCUUGAAAUCUUGUUAGAAGAAGAGAACCAUGUCUGUUGUUUUAGUUCUUCCACUGCUCAUCAUCUUUGCUUUCACCAGCCAUUCAGCAGAUGCUGUAUGGUGUGCUUGCAGACCAGAUCAGAGUGAUGUAGUUCUUCAAAAGGCUAUUGACUAUGCUUGUGGAAAUGGAGCUGAUUGUUCAGCCAUUAAUCAAGGUGGAGUUUGUUACCAACCUAACACUGUGAGGGCUCAUUGUUCUUAUGCUGUUAACAGCUAUUACCAAAAGAAAGGUGGAGCUCAGGGAAGCUGUGAAUUUUCCGGCAGUGCAGCUGUUACUUCUACUGACCCAAGUCCUGGUGGUUCUUGUACAUUUACUUCUGGAGGCGGUGGUGGCGGAGGAGGAGGAGGAGGAGUGACUGUAAAUCCUCCAUCUACAACAUCACCACCAGGUUCAACUACACCAACAGGUGGAUCUUCAACACCUGGUGGGUCAACCAUGACACCAGGAUCCACCACCACACCUGGGUCAUCAUCGUCCACAUUUUCACCACCUGGAAGCCUCACAAAUGGAAACGGCGGAAUGAUGGGAGGAGGAUUUGGUACGGGUUUAGGUCCUUCAGGAACUGGUAGCAUUGAUACUAGUGACGGCGGAACCGUCUUAAAAAACACUAACUACGUCUCUUUACUACUCACUGUUUGGUUUUCUGCCCUCCUAUUCUUAUGGGUUUGAUGAAGAUGAACAAAUUUGGUGGCACCGGCGAAGUAGAUAAGAGAUGACAUUUAUUCUCCACUAGGGUUUUCUACUUUUUUUUUUUUUUUUUUCCUUUCUAGAGGAAUGAAAGUUGGGUGUUGAUUCUCCUUUUUGUGUGCGGCAAUGAAUUUAGAUGGAUGGUUGUGGGAGAAGAACCUAAUCUUUUCAGCCCUUCUUUUUUCUUAUCUUUUUGGACAUUUUCUUUCUUUCUCUUUUCCUCUUUUUGUAUAUCUAGAGAGGUGGUAGUAAUUUAUUAUUAAAAUUUUAAUUAUUAUUCAGAGGAUUAUCCAGCACCUUAAAGAUUUGAUCAUAUGUAUUUUCAUGUAGAGGAGUGCUCUGGCUAGUCUAGUUAAAUACUGUUAUUUUCACCUUCA